CCUCAAGCGACAAAAGCAAGUUUGGCAAGGCAAAAACUUCAUCAGUGGCAAACCCAAACUUACUUGUCCAGUCUCGAGCAAUCCUUGCCCUCCGGAGAUGGACUCUACGUACGGUACCGUUUCGACGAGCUCUGGCUAGCCACGGUGCCUUACCACCCGCCCUUUCUUUCGCGAAGCCUCUCUACCAGCCGGUUCAAGAGGUUGUGGGUCAUCUGAUUUUACAGAGCUUUUUUUAUGCUUUACUCCGAGUAACAUUUUAUUUUCCUCAGGUCGACAGAGACAGUUCUAAUCCUCACGAUGCAGGUCGUCAAGUGGUACCGUCAGGCGUCGGCAAGAUGACCCCACGAAAUAUCAAGCAAUUACUACCAUUUCCCUACUGGUAUGCACAGAAGCACCGCGUACCCUUCCUACAGUUUACUAGCCAGGCUUGCAUGGCGCCGGUCGCUUCUUUCAUUAUUUGCGUUGUACUGGUACUUGGCCUGCCAACUGCAGCACCUGCCUCUGGGUAACAGUAAACUGGAUGAUAGCUAUGCAUCUUGGUAUCAUCCAUCCUUUGACCCUGUAUCGAAUAUCGGUAUUUUCCUGGCUAUCUUGUCCCGUCAGCCUGGGGACGUUUACAAAACCCUGAGUUAUUCCGGCUUGGUUUUAUAGGCCCAAGCUAGGUUUGGUUGUGCCCAUCUUUUCAACAACAAAAAUGAGUAUUGAUGGGUCCACUCGCUUGUGGAGCUUUCGAAGAAUAUGAGUCCGGUACUCAAAUGUGAAGGGGGUCACCUGUAUCUAUCUUUCGAGAUCUUUUGUGGGGAACGAGAUGAUACGCCAACCGCCAACACACAAGAAGUGCCUCCUCUGCCGAUGAUCUCGAUCAAGCCUUGUUGACCUGCACUGGGAUAGCAGGAGGAUGUCACCUUCUAUAGAUACCGGCCGACUGGCAAGAAGCAGCCAACGAUCAUCAUGUUCCAGGCCAAAAUUCUGCUUCUUUAUUUCUCGUCUCAAAACUUUGAAAUUUGGAUCCAACAAGAAGGUUUUCGUUCGAAGUGGGGAACGGCAGGUGAGGAACAGCAAGAGAGGAGAGGAAAUCAGUGAUUCCCUUUUUGCAAUUGAGAAACUAUCAGAACAGGAGAAACUUGUAUCGUGAGUGACGAGGAAAGAACAAUGAAGCUUGGUUUGGCUCUCUGUGUGGUGGCUGUGCCAUUUCUGCCAGGAUCCCAUGGGGAGACGGUCAGGGCCGCUAUCAGCAGUGGAAAUGCUAGUUCAGCAGCACUAAGGACUCCCAUUGUGUUGUCAAAGGAUGCAGUCGGCUGGGAUACCAAUGGGGGCGACAUGCUUGGCCUCAGAGGUCCGGGCAGCAAGCCAAACCUUCCCAUCAUUGAGCUUUACCCAGAAGAUGCGAGGGAUAGGAGCUACAAUGGGACGAGGAACCUUUGUGCGAUGCAAGGCAAGAAGCUCUGUACGUUUGAGCGGUUCUGCACUGCGGUUGGAGACAAAAUCCAGGGCGUUGGCGAUGCAAUGAACCCCCAUGAUGGUGACCAGUGGAUCGCAUACGAAUUAGAAACAGGUGUGAGUGCUUGUGGUGAUGGUGGUCAUUGGUUACAGAUUGCCGAAAACAACGAAACGUGGAAAGAUUGUCUCGAUGUCAAAUGCCCACCUUGGGGAAAGGAUCCCUCCAGCCGUGAUCGCUUCCAUAAGUACAUUGCUUGCUGUGAAAUGGAAGAGGCGUACAAACAAGAUGAACAAGAAGCCAUGCUGCAGGAGAUACAAAGAAAAGUUUCGCUCCUCAAAACGAUUGAUUUCACAAAUCUGAGCCUUCGAGAUCGCAUCAAACAGGUGGAAAGUGCAUCCGGCACGUUGCGAGAAGUCCGCCAAGGUCUAGAGAGUUUUGAUGUGGGUGAAAAUGAGUUCUUCCGAGCGGCUCGUGCUUCCUUGAUAGAGCACGCCGACACGGGGCUGAAUGGGAUGUCCAAAGUUAUCGAGAUGAUGGAAUCUGCCGCUGAGGACGAAACCCGGGCCGAUGAAAUACCUGCUGGCACAUAUUCGGGGCGCAAACUGGCACAGGCCGAACAAAACGAAGGAAAGGCUGAAGCCAACGCCAGGUACAAGUCUAGUAGUGCCAAGAAGCAUAGAGCUUAUUUCAGCAGGGACCCGAUGGCAUUGAAUAUUCACUCGAAGCUCUCAAAGGUGACGAAUUCUGUGAUGGAUGGAUCAAUGGAUGACAUUGAGCGUGUUCUACUUCAUGGCUAUUCCGAGUACAGCAUUGACGCUUCAGGCCACGGUCGGAGGAUGAAAGAUGCGACUGACCCCUGGCAACGCGCCAAGGGGAAGCAGUGCCGAAUUCUUGCAGGCUGUGCAAAAACGAUGUCACUAUACGAUGUGUUCGUUUCGUUCUAUGCGGACGACAUUGACACAACAGCAGGAACGGUGGACACCAAUAUAGUCAAGUUUGAUGAACGGGAUCUCAUCGCAAAGCACAAGAACAUUACAGGUGCGGCCAAGAGUAUCCUUCCUGGGCAGAAAUCUGAUUACGAACUGGGUUUGACUCCAUCGUGCGAUGAGCUGCUGAAGUAUUUCCACCGUACAGUGGAGCAAGGUGAUUUACCAAAGUGGGAAGGAGCGACUGUUUCGGAGGUGUGCUUGGCUGAAGGAACUCCAAAGUAUAUUGGUUUUGGCCAGAUUGCUCAAGCUGUCGGAAGCCGAAUCGCAACCAUUUUGGCCGAAGAGCAAUUGAAUUGCGCCUGGGAUCUGCACAACUCAAAAGCUCGGAAGGAAGAUCCCCGUUUCAAACAUGAACCUUUUGUCUUUGCAGAUAGUAGGCAAUAUCCAGACCCGAACACACGCUUGACGAUUACGGAUCUCCUGAUUCCUACUGGACUCAGUCAGAACGCUCGAGAUAUCCACGGAAAAGUACAAUCGGAACAAGACCGCAGCCCUUAUGAUCGAUAUUUUGAUUACCAAGCCUAUCAUGCCAUUGACUUGCGCCAUGUAAAGGAGAAGGACAAGAGCAAGAAGUUGAAGGAGCAUUUCCAUCAAGUCCAGCUUGGAUUCGGAUUUGUCUUUGGCGAAAAACAGUCGACUGGAUUUGUAUGCGGUAUCAAAGAUGCAGUGUUGAAUCACGACAAGUCCAUGCCAGGCCACUGCUGUCUUGAUGCUCCGUACGAAAAUGAAGGGGACGACUGGGGGCGCAAGUUCGACUGCAAACAUGAAUGCAAACAUCCUGGACCGUUCUUUGCUGGCAUGUCAACGGAAGCGUGUGCAAGUCACGGUGGGACUUGGUGUGCAGCACCUACAAAUUGUUGGGAUUUGAAGGUUUGCGUAGAGAGUGAAAUCAAGUUGGGCAAGGAAAAGGGACACCACGCUUACGCCAAAUAUGUGGAGGGCGGCAGAAUCACUGAUCCAAAAGAUGUUCUUGAUUGCGGAAGGGCCAGGAAGUACUUUGGCUACGACGAGCAUUACACACAUGACGACGACGUCUGCGAGAAUGUGCGACAACUAAGGAACACGAGACGAUUUAAGGAUUUGGAUCGAUUUUUUGGCAGAGGGGCUGAUGGCAGUAGCGGCAAGGCUGAAGGUCCAAAAGAAGUGGACUCCGCAAAAGUCGGCAAGAGGACCUUUUUUGGCGAACUUGUCAAACCAAAGAGAGAACAAUCGGGGACCAAUCCGGUGCAAUCCAAUCAGGCUUGGGCUGCAGUAAACUUUGUCUUGGAGCUGCUCGUGGAUUCCGUUUGGAGCAUUUUUUCAACUGUUGCGGGCCUUGAUUGUCCCAGUGAUCCCACGUUUGUCAGUUAUCUUGCAUGCUUGGGUGUCAAAAACGGAAUUAUUGUCUUGGUGGCGGCCUUGUACACUAUUGCAAAAUUCGGACUCGCGAUAUCCGAGUUUGCUCGUGAUCAGUAUUGUACGCGGGGCGCCAAUGAAGAAUAUCGUACAUACGAAAACACAGAGGCGAUAUACGCGAACACGGACACAACUUUCAGGUUUCUGGAUCACAUUUAUGGGUCACUUGUGGAUAACCAAGAUGCCAGUGUAAAGAGUCUAGAAAAGAGACUUGAGCAGCUGACAGAGAUGGCGAACCAGCAACGAGAAACAUUGGGAUACCUCGUUGAUAAAAUUGAUUCAAUGGACGCGCCCAAAGUCACUCAUCGACCAACUGAACAGCCAACAAGACAUCCAACAUCAGCUCCAACUUCAAAAGCUGAUCUCACACGUCCUACGCCACGACCAACGAUUGCCCCCACCACCGAGGACUUCUGCGAGCCUCUUAUAGAAUUGGAAGACAUAACCGCAACUGAUUGGUAUUUGGACAGGUUUGGAUGCGAUGGUGCUAACCCGUGCCACGCAAGAGUUGAUUUGUUGGGGCGAUUGUGGGUAGGAGCAAAGGGUUCGGAACGCGGCCCAGGUUCAAGCUUUGGCACAACCGAUUACUUCUUCACAAACAGCAAGACAGACACGAGGAAGAUGAUAUGCGGACAGGUCAGCUAUGGGAAAUUGGUUGAUGUUGAAGUAAUGACCAUUUGGAGCGAUGGAAGCAGCAACGGAGGAAACGCCGGCAUUGGUGUGGCAAAUUACAAAGUACAGCCUGCUAUUGAGUUCCUUUUCAAGCGCUGCACACCCAAAUUCUCUGUGGAGGAUAUCCAACAGUUUGAUUGGGUUGACAAAGCCGGGGACGCCGGUGAAUUCAAAUGUCCGAGCAACAAGCCCUAUUGCCUCAAAACUACAGUUGACAGUCAAGGAAAGCUCUGGAUGGGAGUCGAAGGUGUUCACUCCGGAGUGGGCCCAAAUUUGCAGUACGGUCAAGGAUCCCACUGGCACACUACAUCACGCAGCGAGACGUUGAAGUUAAUGUGUGGGCAGCCCGCGAAAGUUGAAGCGCACCACUCUGGUGCCUGUGGUUGCAGCGAAAGAGGCCAAGCAGAUUACCUUGGAUCCACUUCCAAGACAUCAUCGGGGAAGACAUGCCAACCAUGGAGCCAACAAUGGCCGCAAAAACACAAUCACUCACCCAACGACAGGAAUAUGCUUCCUGGCACAAAUGUAUGCCGAAACCCCGACAAACAUUCCCAUGCCUGGUGCUACACAGCGGACCCAAAAGUUCGUUGGGAGAGCUGCCAGGUUCCCACGUGCUCAAGCAACAUGUGUCAGAAACACACAACAGUUCAGAUGAUCAGCAAGGACAGCUUGAAACACAGCCAGUUCUUCACCUUGAACCGUGUUUGCACACCUCUUUAUACAGAAGGCCUCCUGGUUGGAAGCAAAUGGCUGAACAAAGAAUGGGGGUGCACGUGGGACAAGCCUUGCGUUGCGGUCUUAGAUUCACAUCCAAAACAAUUCAACAGGCUUUGGAUGGGAAAGGCCGGUGAUUCGCAUGGGCCUCCAGAUGCACGCAUUUUCGAUGCACACAAGUUCUUCAGGACUGACUCGGCGGAAGCUACGAGGAAGUUGAUGUGUGGAGAGGCUGUUACAACCACCACUCUCGGGACUGAGCCGAGGUUCAUUGUCGUACACAAUGGACAGGUAACCAAUUCCUACCCCGACGGUCAUCUGGAUGAUGCCAAAAAGGAACUUGCUAGAGUGGCGCAGCUUGGAGGAAGCCGGCUGAUUGCGGAAGUUGUCAAGACGGUGGUACAACAAGAUCCACACCAUAUUGAUGGAAACGCCCAAACAAAAGCAAACGGCUUUGAUAAUUUUUGGCACCACUGGGACGACAUCAAGGCUAUGAUCGCAAAAGCUCAGGAAUACAAUGACCAAAUGCGCAAAGUCAAGAUCGAAGACGGAGGCAACAAAGUCACAUUGGGCUCGAUUGCAUUCACGCGUAUCUGCGAGCCCAUCUACAAUGUGGAUGAUAUCACUGAGCUGGAGUGGCACUACUCCCCUUGGGGUAAAGAACCCGUGGUUGCAAAGAUAGACUUUGACGGCUUGCUUUGGGUGGGAGUCGUUGGCGACGGUUGGGGCCCCUACAAUACAUAUGGCGCUUUGAAGGCUUGGCGCACAAAGUCCAGGCUGGAUACGAGGAAACUCCUCUGCGGAGAACUGGCUGACGUGUUAGUCUCGGAAACAACUGGUGAUAAGUCAAUUCCUCGUUUCUCAAUCCCCGAGCAAGUGACCAUGGUGAAUGGCAAUACCAUCCUGCACUCAUCAAGCCACAAGAAGUUCAGUCGUACAAACGUGCAAGUCCACCCUCCAAAACUCAAGAUGUUUGGACUGCCUGAGACGAAUGGCGUUCAAAAUUACUUUCAAGCCCUUGGCUUCUGCAAAGCCAGGGGCCUCGAUUUGGGAUCGAAGGAUGACUACUGCACGGAUGGCAAAGUGUUCUCGGGCACCAAACAAAAUGACCAGUGGGCACCCAUCAGUGAUGAAGACAUGGGCUACAUUCAAGUUGGUACCGGAAAGAAGACGUGCAGCACCCACAAGGAAGUACAUGGGUACAACCCUGAUGGAAAGGGAAACGGCAAAGGAGAAUUCGCGACUUCACAUUGGGCAACGGUCAGGGAUUAUACACAAAGUAAUUUUGAACACUACAUCCUCUGCAAGCAGUCGAAUCUGCACCUUUAUGGCCCGAGUGAAGGAACGAAGGAUGUCAAGAACUACACAGACAGUGUCGAGUUUUGCCAAAAGAAGGAAAUGGUUCUCGGAAGCUACCGAGACUACUGUCCCGGUGGUUGGUUAAAUGGCAGAUGGAACGGCGGUGAAGUGGACGGAUGGGGCCAUCCCAUUGGGGAUUAUCACCAAGAUGACCAAUGGGCCCCUAUUUCCGACACGUUCAACGACUGGGUGUUUAUCGGUCGCUAUGAAGGUUUAAAUCCGGAGACCUGCGGCGGUACGCACCUUCAGCGCCACGGGAGCACCCCCGCUUGGGGCAAUGAUGGCGACACCAAGAGCUCCUUUGAAGCGAACUUUAUUUUGUGCAGAAAGAAGAAGACGUAGCUUCUUGGUUGCCCAUUAUUAGUUGACAACUCUCCUUCGAACAGGAGAAAGAAGAAGUAUGAUUGUUACAAUCAUGUAUACAUGCAUUUUAAAGACCGGUUUGCUGGUCUACUUUAGUCCUUGUUUUGCAUUGCGUCC